GCGCGGGCCUGGGUGGGAAUGGGAGAGCGGAGCGCGGCCAGCGCCCGGCGGUGAAGUAAAAACGAGUAAAAAUAUCGCGUUCUCGCAGGAAAAUUUGUUUAUAACUCAGUGCAAUAGGUCACUCAGAACGUGCCUUUGCAGGCUGGCGCAGGACUUGCUGCUGGUUCCCUCCUGUUUCCCGCGCCCUCGCGCUACACGCGUGUCUCGGGCAAGGAAACGCAGGCUAACCCGACAGCCUCGCCGCCACCAGCGGCGGCUCCUUCCCCGCUCCACCCGCGGGGCGGUACUCCCAGUGGCCGGGGCGGGGCCGGAAGUAGCGGCGGCGGCUCGGCCGAAUUCGGUGGCGCCACGUCUGGCUCGAGGCCCCCUCCGUGACCGGGCGGCGGGAGAGGCUGAGCCGUCAUCUCAGCUCUUCUCCAGCGGUCGGUUCGUGGCGAGGCCUCGGAGGCGGCCAGUCGCGGCUGCAACAUGUCGGACCUGGGGGACUGGUUCCGAAGCAUCCCUCUGAUCACGCGCUACUGGUUCGCCGGCUCCAUCGCGGUGCCGCUCGUGGGCAAGCUGGGCCUCGUCAGCCCCGUCAACCUUUUCCUCUGGCCUGACGCCUUCAUCCACCGCUUCCAGAUCUGGCGGCCGAUAACGGCAACUUUCUUCUUCCCAGUGGGACCUGGAACGGGAUUUCUGUACUUGGUGAAUUUGUAUUUCUUGUAUCAAUAUUCCUCACGAUUGGAAACAGGGGCUUUUGAUGGAAGGCCAGCAGAUUACAUGUUCAUGCUCCUGUUUAACUGGAUCUGCAUUGUUAUAACUGGUUUGGUAAUGGACAUGCAGUUGCUGAUGAUUCCACUCAUCAUGUCAGUACUUUAUGUGUGGGCCCAGCUGAACAGAGACAUGAUUGUAUCAUUUUGGUUUGGAACGAGAUUUAAGGCCUGUUACCUUCCAUGGGUUAUUCUGGGAUUCAACUACAUCAUUGGUGGAUCAGUCAUCAAUGAGCUGAUAGGAAAUCUGGUUGGACACCUGUAUUUCUUCUUAAUGUUUAAAUAUCCAAUGGAUUUGGGAGGAAGGAAUUUUCUGUCCACACCUCAGUUCCUUUACCGCUGGCUGCCAAAUAGGAGAGGAGGAGUGUCGGGCUUCGGUGUCCCUCCUGCCAGCAUGAGGAGGGCUGCAGAAGAUCAGCAGGGUGGUGGAAGACACAACUGGGGCCAAGGUUUCCGGCUAGGGGACCAGUGAAGAAUUCCUGCCCUUGGAAAACAGCAACUCUUCGGUUUCAAUUGGACGUAGAACCAAUCGCUCCUGGUGCAGAGCAUGCUUAAGAACUGAGCUCUCUGUAGUACUCAUGGAUUUAACUGAUUCGAAAGAAUGUUUCUGGUUCAAGAGCAAAUUAAAAACUCCAGAAGGAAAAAAAUUUAGAUCUUGCUCCAGGUUAGUCAGUAGUGUCCAGUGUGAUUCUGCCAUUAAAAACAAGCCUUCUUUACACAGUAUUGUCUGUCUCAACAGGAUGCAUUGGCUGUCCUGUUCCAUGAUGUGGUGGAACAAGCUAGUGGUGUUCAGUCUUGCCUGGUAUGUUAAAAGCUUUUUUGACCACAGUAAAGAAAAAUCUAGUGUAAGGCAGAUGUCUCAAACAAGCCCCCAAGUUUAGGAAGCUGACUUUUUCCAUAGCUGUGCUUAAGACGCAGGGUCUUUGGAAACAUUAUUUAAGUGAUAUCUCUUGGCUGCAUUCAUAAAGCAAAUUGCAAAUGUUUCAUUUCUCUUAUUAAGUUGUGUUUUGAGCAGUUGUUUCUUGCCAUGCAGCAUUUAUCCUACCUGCUACAUCAUGGACUGGGCAGGGCUAAGGAUUAGAGGGCUUUUGUUUGAAAUGGCAAUAACAGAUACUUAGAGAUUUGAAAUCUCCGAAAGCUUGUUCCAGUGAAACUGAAGUCUGGCAUGUUUUUUCCCCCUGCAGAUUUGUGAAUUCUUGGUUUCAAGGUUUCUCUUUUGAUUGCCAAAUUGGGUAGCAUAAAUACUGCUUAAACUAGAAAAUGUAACACUGUCGUGGUUAAGGGUACUGACUGCAGCAUUGUUUAACUAAAGCUUCAGCUUUAUCUUAAAAGCUUUAAGACAUCUAAGAAUCGAAGCUGGAAAUAAUCUUUUGCAGGGUGAAGAUACAAUAUAACAGGUUACUGCAGAAGUCUUUCAUUGUCAAAUAAGAAGUUGCAUACACUGUUUAUUACUAUCUACUUUUUUUUUUUGUAAAAAUUUUUGACAUGGUAAAGGGAAUGAUUCUGUACAGUAGUUUUCCUUGCAUUGGAUUCCCAUGGGCAGAGCAUGUGGCUAAGAUCCAGGAAGAUGUAAUGCCAGCUUGUUACUGACUCACUGCAUGCUCUUGAGCAAACUUCUUACUUAUCUCAGUUUUCCCAGUUGUAAGGAGGACUCGUGCAUGUCUCACAGCAUUCUUACAAGACAGCUGUCCCUGACCUCCCUAGCUGGGAGCUGCUGGUGAGCAAGUAAGGCUUAGGUUUACAUAAAUCCAACAAUAAAUCCAACACUUCAGCUAGGAACAGAAUUACUCUAAGCUUAACUAAGACUUCUAAGUCAGAAUGUAGUUGCUCGCUUUCUGUUUUGUAGUUGGAGGAGGAAGAGCAUUGUCACUAGGAUAAGUUUCAAGUCUGACUGAAUUGACCUUUAGCAUUUGUCUUGUUUUACUGGGUAGGUGGGGCACAGAAAGCUGUUCUGCCCCAACUUAGGUAUCUCAGGUAACUCUAAGUAGGUGAAGUGAAUCUGGGCUGAUACAUUUUGAUUACUACUUUGUUUCUUCACUAAACUUGGGUUCUGAAAGUAUAAAAACUUGUAAAUACUAACUGAUGCAAAGCUGAGUGGAAAAUAAGCAGUUAGACGGGAAAUUUUAAAAAAUGCAUGUUCUGUGUAUUCACUGCAACUCAGUUACGUUGAUUUGGCUCAUGGAGAAAUGUAGAAAACUGGUAAUGAUCAUACUGUGUGCUUAAGUUUUACAGGAACUUGGAGUUUGGAAAUUAGCUGCCAUUUUUGUCUGUUUGGUGAUGAGUUUUAAAUAUGUUCUUGUCCCUUUGUGUAAAAGGGUAGGUAGAAAAGAGGGGUGCAGUGUUGUAAAUACGGAUUUAUCGUUGACCGACAACUGUUAUUUGAUGUGGACUUGAGUAUUCAGAGAGAGAAUCAUCGUUUUGAUAGGAGUCUUUUUAGUCAUAGGAAUAUCACAGUCUCCAAAGCAUUUGUCUUCUUUUUGAGUCAGGACCCAACUUUUAAGUGAAGAUGCAAUAGUUUGUGACUCAGUGGUGCACUCAAACUGCAGAAUAUCUCUGUACAGAAGGCCCAAAGGAAGGCUUGAGAGAGAGAAAGCGCAGCAAAAGGCAUUGUACUGGCCCACUGCACUGCAUGGGGUCUUGCUUUCUAGUAUGUCCUCCUCUAAAUUAAGAGGAAAUGGUUUGCGAGGAAAAUAGACUUCUUAGAAACCUUGAUUAGCUUCUGAGCUGCUUCAGGUCAAUUUACUUUGUUUAUGGAAAAUUCACUUCAGAAUUCCUUAUUACAAGCUCAGUUUGUUUGUUUCUCAGUUUGACCGGAACUGCUGUUUGUCCUCCCACAUACAUUGAUAAUGGCAGUCUCUUGUUAAAAUGAGUACCUCCUUUCUUAUUUUGUACAGAUAAUUUCCCUUUUUGUAAUCAAUUUUUGUUGGCAAAGUUUUAAAUUAAAAUUUUAAUCUGUUACUGUC